AGUUCCACAGAGGUUGCGGGAGGAGCCGGCAUCACACAAGGACUCGGAGGGGCGCCUCGAGACUCCCAGGACAGAGACGGCAGCCCCAGGAGCAUGAAGAGACUAUUCUCCAGCAUUCGCAGUGAGAACUUGGUGGGGAUCCUGGAGGAAAAACACAAAAGUGUAAAGACCCCAUGAGACUGAGCACCCAAGAACUUGAAACUCUCAAGCUUGUCUGCACUGAGCCUCAACAAUUCAUGAAUUAUUACAUGUUCCUAAAAAUACUGGCUUCAUCUGUGGUCUUCUAAACCUGGGCUUUAGUUCCUAGAAUUGAGAAUAAAUUGCGAUUAUCUGUCUUUGUCUGUUUUCAGGACAGCACUUUGCUCUGUGACUUCAAUUCUAUCAUGGAUCUCAGAAGAUUUAUUUUCAGUUUGUUUAGUUUUCUCAUUGAUGAGAAGAUGGGAGGGAUAAUCCCAAACUUUACUUGUUAAAGUGAAAACCAGAAGUUAUGCUAAAUGUUAAAAUAGAUAAUAAGCAUAAAACAAAACAAAACAAAAUUAGCUUGGAUAUAGAGCCCUUCUUCAGAGAAGAUCAGGAAAGGAAGAACAUUUAUUUCUUUCUCUGCAAAAGUGUAAGUUUUGUUGCUGUUAUUAGCAAGGAAACAGAGUCAAUUAUCAAACUUUAGAAUCUUGACACAGAAGUGAGUUAGCACUUGUUAGAAUCUUAACUAGACAUAACUAACUCUAAUGCUUUUCUUUGAAGACACAAACAACAUGCUUUCUACUUGUAUAAGUCACAGUGAAGAAGGAGCUUUUCUUUAUGGUAUCACUGUUGUUAUCCAGCCCAUCUCUGUAUCUCUCGCUUGUAUGGUGAGGAAGUGCUCAGUGACAGCUCAGGUAUUCCCCAAUUCUCCUCCUCUUCCACAUGCAAAACUUUGAUGAAGUAAAAUUUUGGCUUGAGUCUUGAUGAGCACCGUGUGGGAGGCUGUAGGGUAUUGUCAAGCUCUCUGACAUCUCAAACCCCCAGCCUCAGGUGUUUCUGCCCUUGGACACCAGGAUUCUUGACUCUGGUCUAACUCUCCCUUAGUCACAAGUCUCCUCAUCUCAUAGUUUCCCAUGAGGAUUCUUGCUGGACAUCCUGAAGAAUUUCAGUCACAAUGACAAUAAUUAGAGGCAAUCUCAGAAUUAUACAUGUGCCAAUCUGGAUGGUAACAUUUUAAUUCCAGGCAUCAAGUUUCCAACAAUCAAGGAGAAAAAUGACCAUAAUCCAUUGAAAAUUCCUCUCCCAUACUGCAUCAAAAAUGGUCCAGAUCACAAUCCUACAUGCUGGAAUUACUUCUUCUGCCCCUGUCUCAUCCCCAUCUUGGCCAAAGGUUUUCCAGCAAGAUCUGAAUUUUAAUCCAUCUCUCUUCGCCUGUGUGUCCUGACUAAUUUGGCAGAAGGAGUUCUUUCUUAAAACCUUGCCAUUUAACUCACAAAUGGAAAUGUGAAGGGUCAAUAGGUAUGUGAAGAACCUAUUCACCCCUAUUCACUGGGAAUCAGAGAAGUGAAAAUGAAAAGAACCCUGAGCUAUCAUCUUAGAUACAUAAAACUGUCAAACGUUUGAAGGUGACUAACACCAAGUGUCAAUCAGGAUAUGAGGAAAGUAGGAAUUCUUCUACACAAAAGGAAAGAAAUCUGGCAGUGCCAAAAGAAAAAUACAGUACAUCUAUGAUCUGUCCCUCCACAGAUCCCUUUCCUAAUACGUAUAUCCCAGUGAUGCUCUGCUAAUCUACAGGGGAUGUCUAGAAAGGUAUUCAUCACAUCAGUGUUGAUAAUAACCAGGAGGAGGAGGAAAUCAAAUGUCCUUCACAAGUGGAACUGGCUGAGUGGUGGUCCCAGGUGCAUUAAUUUGCAGUUCAUCUGCCCAAGCACAGGCCAAAAGAAAGCCUUCCCACAGAGAGUCCCAAGUUCAUGUGGCAGGACACCAGAGGGGAUCAUGGACAUUGAAGCAUAUUUUGAAAGAAUUGGCUAUAAGAACUCUAGGAACAAGCUGGACUUGGAAACAUUAACUGACAUUCUUGAGCACCAGAUCCGAGCUGUUCCCUUUGAGAACCUUAACAUGCAUUGUGGGGAAGCUAUGGAGUUGGGCUUAGAGACUAUUUUUGAUCACAUUGUAAGAAGAAACCGGGGUGGGUGGUGUCUCCAGGUCAAUCAACUUCUGUACUGGGCUCUGACCACAAUCGGUUUUCAGACCACAAUGUUAGGAGGGUAUGUUUACAUCCCUGCAGCUAACAAAUACAGCACUGGCAUGAUUCACCUUCUCCUGCAGGUAACCAUUGAUGGCAGGAACUACAUUGCUGAUGCUGGCUUUGGAAGCUCCUCCCAGAUGUGGCAGCCUCUGGAAUUAAUUUCUGGGAAGGAUCAGCCUCAGAUGCCUUCCAUUUUCCGCUUGACAGAACAGAAAGGAAUCUGGUACCUGGACCAAAUCAGAAGAGAGCAGUAUAUUCCAAACACAGAAUUUCUUAAUUCUGAUCUCCUGCCAAAGACGACACACCAAAAAGUGUACUCUUUUACGCUUGAACCUCGAAAAAUUGAAGAUUUUGAGUCUAUGAAUACAUACCUGCAAACGUCUCCAACAUCUGCAUUUACAACCACAUCAUUUUGUUCCUUGCAGACCCCAGAAGGGGUUCACUGUUUGGUGGGCUUCACCCUCACCUAUAGAAUAUUCAAUUAUAAAGACAAUACAGAUCUGAUCGAGUUUAAAACUCUGAUUGAGGAAGAAGUUGAAGAAGUGCUGAAAAAUAUAUUUAAGAUUUCCUUGGGGAGAAAGCUCGUGCCCAAACCUGGUAAUGGAUCCUUCACUAUUUAGAAUAAGGAACAAAAUAAACCCUUGUGUAUGUAUCACCCAACUCACUAAUUAUCAACUAAUGUACAAUCACAUAUCCUCUCUACCCUCACAUUAUUUUGAAGAAAAUCCUAGACAUCAAAUAGUUUCAUCCAUAAAAUACCAGCAUUUAUUGAAAAACAAUAACCUUUUAAAGAAACAUAAGGACACAUUUUCAAACUGAUAAAAAUAAAGGCAUUUUAAGGAUGGCAUGUGAUUAUCUUGGGAAGCAGAGUGAUUCAUGCUAGAAAACAUUUAAUAUUGAUUUAUUGUUGAAUUCGUAGUAAAUUUUUACUGGUAAAUGAAUAAAGAAUAUUGUGGAAAAACUCA